AUGAAGUUCCUUUCCGGCUUCUGCUUCCUCCGGUUGCUCCCGUGCUUGGCUUACAAGUUUCGCGACCCUCACAUCCCAGUAUCGCAGAUCCAGUACGUGCAGGAGUUGACUGUGGCCUUGCCGCUUGCGGUCAUCAACCUCACAAACACCACACAACUUCUCCGAGAUGGAAACCUGGUAGGUGGGAACAUCACCUUCCGCGCGAGCGACUUCGGACAUGACGUGCCCUUCGUGAUGGACAAAGUCAAGGGCUUCUACGCAAUUCUGGAUGACGUACUAAGCCGAGCGAGUGAUGGCAACCCUUGUUUCCACGAGGAUCUCGGAAGCUACAUGGCCUGCAUCGUGGCGGCCUCAUGCGUUAUUCAGGCCGCCGUGCCGGCCCAUGUGAGCAUGGAGGUCUACGCCAUGAUCCUUGAGCAGGUGACCCGCUUCGAAGAGAUCACGUGGCCACUGCUUCGGGACGCCUUGGGCCACGAGGAGGGCAGCACACUUGCAAGCGACAUCCUCUUGCCGGAGGCAUUUGUAUGUGAUGGAUCGGAGCAUGACCCCUCGUUCUUGCAGCUUGGUUCCGACAGCUUACAUGAGGCGUCGCUGCAACGACUCAUUUCUGAGGUUGGCGCAGAACACAAGGCUACCGUAAGCAUGGCAUUGGCCCUUCGAGAGGCAGCCGCCGACAGUCACCAGAUCUUGGACAGCCAUGCCAUGAACGGAUCCCUCGAUGCCACCAUCGAAAAGCUUCAGCACGCAUGGCACCCAGUGUGCCAGCAGCUUGGCUGCGACCACACCAACUUUUGGGACAUCUUCUUGCAGCACCACAAGCACAGCAUGGCGGUCCUCAAGACGAACCAUGCCGGUCUCCUCCGCUCGGACAUCAAGCUGCGGUUCCACCUGGAGCACCGGGUUCAAAGGUUCAUGGCAGACACUCAAGACUACAGCUUCAUCGAGAAGUAUGCUCGGUACGGCAAGGAGCAGCACUCAUCUCAUCAACACUUCUAUGGCUACCACGACGGUGCCCGGGCAGCCAUGCUAGCAUUUGCGGGCCCCGUCGUGAAGUCUUUACCCUACGAGCGGGCCAAGCGUUUGGUGGACCUACACAAGUUGGACGACAUCAAGAAGUCCAGGGAGGCGCUCCGUUUUGGUUCCGAAGAGCCAGCGGUGCCGGGCGAGAGGGAUGGCAAGCCGAUCUCUUUGCUAGAAGAAGCUGAAGAAGACGAAGGAAGGGAAGGCAAGGUGGUGUUUUGGGAUCGACGUCGCGACCGCCGCAGACGCCGUCGGGUUUUCGAAGCGGUCGUGAACGUUGUGAAGGAUGUGGCGAAAGAGGUGGAGAAAGUGGUGGAGGACGUGGUGAAAGCGGUGGAGAGUGCUCUCAGUUGCGCAGGCCAGGGUGGCACUUUCGCAUCCACGGGUUACACGCGAUCCAUUAACGGCAACGUCGCUUGGUCCAUUGGUUUGUCUGCUGGACCCGAAGGCGUUUUCAAGGAGUUGCUAAAUGGUAAACUGCCCCUGGGUACGAUCUCGCUGGGAGCUGGGUUUAGUGUGGGCAGCACUACAGAUGUUUGGUGGGCCGGUGCUGGCUUCGGCGGAUCUAUCACGUGCAAAGCGGGCAGGGGCAUGUUUGGUAUCAAGAAGCCGGGCCAAUGCAAGCUCGACAUGACCGUGGCGACUUUGGCAUGCGGCAAUGUGCCAACGUCACAUUCUGCUUGUCCCAUGGGCCGGAACUUUGCAGGCAUGACUUGCUCGAGCUCUGGAGGCUACUUUGUGUCCAUAAUGUGCUGCACCUUCGACCUGUCGAACGGAAAGAAUAGCUGUGACUAG